CCACGUUUGUCAGUGUUACAUUCUACGGGUGUUACACAGCUCGUACACAUCACUUUCUCCGCAGACCUCCGCAGACCGGCCAAGCAUACAGCGGCAAUAUUAUGUCGACUAAAAAGGAAAAAAUUGGUAUCAUCGGCAGCGGCUUAAUCGGACGUAGCUGGUCGAUGCUAUUUGCUAGCGUUGGAUAUCAGGUGACCAUUUAUGAUAUUGACUCAAACCAAAUCACAAAAGCGCUAGACGACAUUAGUUCGCAAUUGAAACGUCUCGAGGAAAGUGGUGUUCGCAGGGGUACUUUGAAAGCGAGCGAACAAAUAAAAUUGAUAAAAGGAUCGAAUAAUUUGGUAGAUACCGUAAAGGGGGCGAUAUUUGUGCAAGAAUGCGUGCCGGAGAAUCUCCCGUUAAAGAUGAAAGUGUACGACGAACUCGAUAAAAUUGUCGACGAUAAAGUGAUCUUGUCUUCAUCGACGUCCACGUUUCGCCCGUCUCUCUUCAGCGAGAAGUUGAAGCACCGUGAUCAAAUUAUAGUUUCCCACCCUGUGAAUCCUCCUUACUACGUGCCUCUCGUCGAAGUAGUACCAGCCCCAUGGACGCGCGAUGAUGUUCGUGAGAAGACAAAGGCAAUCAUGACGGAAAUUGGACAAACACCAGUUCUUCUCAAUAAGGAGAUCGAUGGAUUCGCGCUCAACAGAAUACAGUACGCGAUCUUAAACGAAGCUUGGAGACUGGUGGCCGACGGAAUUCUAAGCGCAAAAGACAUUGACGCGGUAAUGAGCGAAGGUCUCGGAAUGCGUUACGCGUUUUUCGGUGCGUUUGAAGCCGCACACCUGAAUGCAGAAGGGAUGAAGAAAUAUUGUGAGACGUAUAACAAAUCGAUUUACGACGUGAGCAUGACUUUCGGGCCGGUUCCAAAGUUCGUCGGUGAAAUGGCGGAGAAAAUCAGCAACGAAUUGAACGAAAUGUGUCCACUUGACCAGCUACAGGAACGACGAGCGUGGCGAGACACCGCUUUGAUGAAGUUGUCUGCACUCAAGAAAGAGUUGAAUAGGGACAACUAGUGAAUAUACUUUUAUAUAAACUUGAUGCAAUUGUGAAGUGGUUAUCACUUAUUUAUAAAACAGACUUAUGUAACAAUAUAAAAUGAUUAGUUUUAAGUUUAUAUAUUUUGACUAUGUAAAUGAAACGAAAUCUUUACAGUUGUCAUGCGUCUCGACACAAUGUAUAUUACCGAACAUAAUCUAGGCUACGACUACAAAAGAUUAAACUCAAAUUACAUAUACAGCAAAAUAAAAUACGUUGCUACUUGGAAACAGAAUAUACUUGAUUCUAGAAGUUUGAAUGUACUUUUCAAUGCAGUCGGUGGUCCAACGAGAGAACUUAAUUUCUAAAAUCUAAUCAAGGACAAGUUCUCAUUGAAUCAUCAACUGUAUUUAGAACUAUAUAAAAAAGAAUGUGCAACUCAUGUUAAAACCAAGUAUGUUUUGAAGUUUUAUAACUUAACUUAAUCAUUUGCAGCAUUAUAUAAAAUAUUGAAA